UACGAGGCGGACUCUUCUUGCCUUCCCUGGAUCUUUUCUUCUUCCUAACACACGUUAGUCGACGGUAUGUGGACCCUCAAACUCUAAGCGUUGUUGAUUGCAUCUUUCUCUUGUUCGAGCUACUGCAGCAUCUAGUAAUGCACCCCAUGAAUGGGAACCUGCUGAUACAGAACAGCCUCUUGUGCUACCACCGCCAUUCGUAGGCUGAGAUUUUUGGGGUAAUGGAUUAUGGGCGCUCCCGGUGACUGUACAUAUCACCGCAACGGAUUUGUAAGGCCCGAAGCCCGACUUCUCAACGUACCCCAUCAGUAUCUCACUGCGUACAAAUACUGAUAACGGUAGCACCUAUUAUGUAGUUGUGGUUCACGACUUGUUUCACGCCCGCCAUGUCUCUUCCUAAUCCAAACACUCCAUUGGCAUACCUGACGCCCACCCUUGCCACCCAGUUCGAAGUCUCCAGGUAUAUAUAUGCUGUGACUCUCGGGGCUUAUAUCUGGGACAUUGUCAUCAACCUAAGCAACGACUAUAAGUUACUUUUCCGCCUUAAAGUGAAUUUCCCAACCGUGGUUUACUAUCUGUCGAGGGUGUUCACUCUCAGUUAUAUCCUGACCAGUUUCAUCUUCCAAGUUGCCAGUGUCCCGAAUUGCCAGGCUCUCCAAAUUUCUUUGGGGAUCUGCAUGGCACUAGCUCAGUCUACCACAGCUAUGCUCUUUCUUCUUAGGGUAUAUGCGGUAUGGUACGGGAGCAAAAUCAUUCGCGGAGUGUUUAUUUUCUUGUGGGUUGCGGUUGUAAUAGCCUCUGCCACUGUCCCAUUCGGCAUCGAAGGCGUUCACAUUGGACCAACUCAGCAAUGCAUCAACUCACAGGUUGCAGGCUACAUAGAGUCCACGCUGAUAAUGGGACUUAUCAAUGAUAGCGCUGUUGUAGCGGCUAUCUCGUAUCGUAUUGUGAGGAAUUGUGCCACUGGAGAUUCAUUCCAAGUUCGCAUGCGAACGUUCAUGGGCAGCGGGUCCAUCCCGCAACUUUCUAAGGCCCUACUGCAAGGUGGUCAACAUUACUACCUGAUUGCUGUUGCCAGUAACAUCGUCAUGCUUGUGCUUCUGAAGGAUCCCAGUGUGCCAGCCGUGUACCAUGGCAUGUGUAGCAUUCCAGCCGUAGCUCUCAUCAAUGCGAUGGCGUGCAUCGUGUUUCGGGACAUCAAAUUCGGACGCAUUUCUGCAGAUGGCACCACCAAUUUUCCUUCCACAGAUCUGUCACACACGUUCCUUAACAAACCAUCUGCAAGCCGUUCUCUUCCCCUUCAUGUUCGCAGCGCCUAUUCUCAGGAUGGUGAGUCUUACAUCAGGAAAACCAAUACCGUGGACAAGGCCGCACAGGACGCAGAGUUGAACAUAGAAUACGAGCGGGAUGAUUCCUCCCUGCCGAAAAUGGUUUAGAGCUAGGUUGACGAAGUUCUCGCCACAUCUUUUGUUCCAAUACUAUGUAGUAUGUGUUUAGUCGUUCGACAUCCAUCUGUUAGGUUUUCGAAAUCAAGUAUUAGGUUCUGUGUACCGAUUAUUCUU